GAAGAAGAAAAAGAAGAGGAAGCGAAAGAACAAGAAGAAGAAGACGGAGAAAAGAUUGUUGACGUCUACUCGAGAAAACACAUGUGCUUUUCCUUCUAAUCGAUUUUUCCCUCUCAACUCCUCGCCUACAUCCUUCCAACUCUCUCGGUUGGCUUGUUCCAUGACGUCACGAGGAGCAAGCCAAUCGAUCGUCCGACGACAUUCUACCGAGGGAAUUCUGAAAGGUGCUUGCUAAUUGAUAAGACAUACUUUAGAUCGUUCGAUCCUUAUCUUAGUUAGAUCUUUCAAUGUGAAAAGUUGAAUGAUCGAUAAAUACCAAAUACAAAUUUAUAUAUAUGAUUUAAUCGAAGUGUUGUAGAGCUUGUGAAAUGUUCAAGGUCGAGUCAAAAAUGUAUCCUGAACCUACAUCAACAAAGAUGAUAUCGCCGCAAGGCGAUAAAAGUAAAGAGCGCGUGCCUCGUUCCUGGUGACAUGUGCGCGCACGCGUCUCUCUCUCUCUCUCUCUCUCUCUCUCUCUCUCUCUCUCUCUUUCUCUCUUUCUUCAUGACGCGUUUGGCCUCGUAUGACGUAAUCCAGAGGUGUAAGCGCAACGAAAAGACUAGUACGCCGUCGAGGAUAGCGCGAGCGUCGAUGAAUACUACGGGAUGCCCUAGUUUCAGAUUUCCAAGUGAUUCUCCUUCCUUCCUUACAUUUAGUUGCUUCGCAAUCAUCUUUAGAAACUUCUCGAACGUUUAUCAAUCUUCUUUUGUCUGUUAAAAGCUUCAGACAAUCGUGAGAAUCCUUCUGUUAAGUGACAUCGUGAUCGUCUCGUGAUUAUCACGUGACGUGACGAGAGUGACCAAAAAAAAGGCGUUCAAAGUUCGCCUCUAAUUUGUCUGUGAUUGACGAACAUAGAAUUUGUUUUGAUAUCUCUUCGCUGAUGAUCUUACGACUACACAUGGAUGAUUGUAUGCAGCUUGCUGAUGAAAUUGAUAUUGAAAAAAGAUAACGACGUGGGCUCAACGCUACGGCCGAUUUACCGGUAGGCUUUGACCGUGUUAAAGUCCCUCUUCUCAUUCUCACUCGUAACGAGAGCCGUUGCUUUCAAAUAUCUACGAGAGUUUGGGGUUAUGACCGGUGAAGGCUCAGUAAACGACAAUGUCUUUGACAUGGAGGUAAAUGGAUCUUCGAGACUCACUCCUGUCGCCGCAGAGCAACGAUCGGCUACAGCUCCUUCCCCUACCGGUUAUCGAGACUACAAACCACCAGCCGAGGUCUUGAGUAACAGCUAUAGCACGACAUUUCACACGAGCGGUGGCUUCGAUAGCGCGAGAGCCAACUUCAAGCGGGACCAAGAGAAGGAGGAGGAUUUUGCGCAUAAGACAAUUCUCCUUGGCGACAGCGGCGUAGGUAAAACAUCAUUACUAGUUCAGUUCGACACCGGAAAUUUUCAACCAGGAAAUUUUGCAGCUACCGUUGGUAUUGGCUUCACGAACAAGAUCGUCACCGUCGAUGAAACAAGAGUGAAAUUGCAGAUUUGGGAUACCGCCGGGCAGGAAAGAUUUCGUAGCGUAACUCAUGCGUAUUACAGAGACGCUCAUGCUCUUCUAUUGCUGUACGACGUAACGAACAAGACGAGCUUUGAUAACAUCAGAGCCUGGCUCAGCGAGAUCCGGGAACAUGCCAAUGAGGACGUCGUUAUCAUGUUGCUCGGCAACAAAUCGGAUUGUGGACAGGAACGAGUGGUCAAGAAAGAAGACGGCGAGCGAUUGGCGCAAGAGUACAAAGUUCCUUUCAUGGAAACCUCCGCCAAGACCGGACUCAACGUCGAAUUGGCAUUUCUCGCAGUAGCUAGAGAAUUGAAAGCUAGAAAGAGCAGUGAUCCAGACGAUACGAAAUUCAAUGUACAGGAUUACGUGCGUCAACAAUCCAAACGAAAUUCUUGCUUCAACUCUAAUUGUUUGACAACCUGAACUUGAUCGCGGCAUGAUUAUAGUCCCUCGCUCGUAAAUCUUUUUAACCGUUUGGAUUGGCGGAACGAUGGAAUGGGAACCGGAACUGGUUGGCCGUCGAAUUGUGAUAUGCUAUUUUCAUUAAUUCGAACACGACGGACUGUGAGCAUGUAAAGAAGCAAUGAGAUUUAUUUUGAUUGCUAUUUCGUUCGUAAAUUAAAAAAAAAAAAAAAAAAAAAGAAAAAAAACAAAAAAGGAAGAAAAAAAGUAAAAAAUGACGAUGGAUCUCGUCAAAAUUCAUAGUUUGGAAUUUAUAUGUAGAUUAGAUCGAGAUGAGAUAAUCAAACAAAAUCAUUACGAGCUAAAAUCUAGUUUUUUUUUUCUGCAAAAAACAAAGAUAACAAAUUAUAAGGAAUCCCCGACUUGACACAAUUCGUUGAGAAAAUUGUGAUAUAAUAGAAAAUAUUGUCGUUAAUGGCACAAAGUAAUUAGCAAUAGGAACAAGAAAUGAACCAAUUGUAUUCGUUUUGUUAAAUAUUGUUUUUUCGAUCGAUGAUCAUCGAUUUGAAGAUAAUCUAAUAUUUAUGAAGAAGUUAUGCUAACAUGAACAUUUGUAGAAAUUAUCUGCAAUUUGGAGACGUCGUACGUUGACCACACGAAUUAGUAGAAACACAUGGAAUGUAGUAUACUUUUUGAAAAAUUUCGAUGCAUUUAUGGUCCAAAUAGAUAACAGAACGAUUAAUGAGCUUAUAAUCUCAUUUUUCAAUAACAAAUUUUUGAUACCACCUUGGAUAUUAUUUUUUCAAAUCCUAGCGAUUUCUAAACACGGACAUUUGCUCAAAUGAUUAAUAUAGAUGAUGAUUAAGGCAUGGUUUUUUAAAUAUGCUUUUUAACAAGCCAAAUGUACGAAUAAUUUCAUCGAUCUCGUUUUUACUAAUUUUAUGACAAAUCCAUCGUUGAAUACGAGCGUGUUGUAUCUGGACAAAUGAAAUGUGCAUCAUAUAAGUUACAUAAGGUGUACAUAUAAAAUGUAAAUGUACAAGGUGUAUGUUCAAUGUGUACAAAGGAUAACAAACAAUGUAUGAUAAUGAAAGAUCGAAGAAUAAAAACUGAUCGCAAAAUUACAAA